CUCAAUUAAAGUGCAGUAAAUUCGAGUGUAAUAAGCGACUAAAAUAUGCAAUUAUAGCCUAUCAUCAUUGCCCAAUACUAUUCGACCACCUUUUCUGAUUUAUAAGAUCCGGGGAUAUUAUUCUUAAUUAAAAUUAACCAAUGUUUAACUGAAAUUAAUUAUCUGAACCAAGAUUUAUGUUUUUGGGUAAAACAAUUACAUAUUACAAUUUUUUUGUUUUGUUUUGGUAAGACAUAUGACAGUCAGUCUUUUUAUUUUAAGCGAAAGAAAAAGAAUAUUGGAAAUUGAAAUUGGAGAAAAAAAUUGUCGGAAAAUCAAUUUUUCGUUUUGACAUAGAACUUCAGUGAUGGAAAUAUUGAAUUAAUUAUUUCGUAUUAAUAUUAGCCCUGGAAUCAAUAAAUCCAAUAUGAGGCAGAUCUUUCUAGAAUGAGUCGGUUAAUUUACGAAAAUCUCCAAAAUAUAGGUAGACCUUGUUGAAUAAUUUAAAAUAGUAAUUCAUGUCUAACUAGUAUUUGUAGCCAAAUUCAAUUUUCUAAGUCUAGUCGAAGUAGGUUUUACACUAUUAUAAAUAUAGGUGCUUGUACCUAUUUUCUAAUAAAAAUUCAUAUUUUAUUCCUACAAAAACAUGGACAACAAGGGCAAGACAAAACUGGAUGAAGAAACAGAUUCAGAAAAAAAGGAAUCAAAUAAACCACCAAAUAGCUGGUUCGAAUUAAGAAUCAAUACUCAUGUCUAUAUUACAGGAUUACCAGAAGAUGUAACUGUUGAAGAAAUAAUUGAAGUUUUUAUAAAGGAAGAUCCAGUAACACAAAACCCUAGAGUGAAGAUUUAUUUCGACAAAGAAACUGGAAAAAAGAAAGGCGAUGCGCUCGUUACGUAUCUUAAAGAGCCUUCAGUUGAUUUAGCCAUUAAAAUUUUAGAUGGUACGCCUUUACGGCUAGGUGAAAAAAUUCCAAUGAAAGUUGCGCGAGCAGAGUUUAAGCAGAAAGGGGAAAAGUUCGUACCAAAGGAAAUUGAUAAGAAUAAGAAGAAGAAAUUACAAAAAGUUGAACAGAGGAUGCUUAGCUGGAGUGGUCGUGAUGAUACAGGGAUACUGAUUUCAGCUACUGUUGUGCUUCGUUAUAUGUUUGCGCCUGUUGAAUUGAAAGAGGAUGAGAAUUUAUGUUCUGAGAUAAAGGAAGACGUUCGAGAGGAAUGUUUAAAGUUUGGUCCCGUGGGAUUAGUCAAGGUGUGCGAAAAUCACCCACACGGUGUUGUUUUGGUUAAAUUUAAGGAUCGAAGGGAUGCUCAUAGGUUGAUUGAAGCGAUGAACGGACGAUGGUUUGCUGGUAGGCAAAUUCAUGCUAGUGAAGAUGAUGGAAGUGUUAAUCAUGCUUUAGUUCGAGAUUUAGAUGAAGAAACUGAUAGAUUGGAGAAGUUUGGAGCUGAACUUGAAGCUAGUUCAUCCACAGUGGCUGAUCCAGAAUUUUGUGCAGACGACAGCACAAUGACGGACCCAGAAUUUUGUGUAGACGACAGCAACAACCACUAG